UCAAAUUGGUCAACCAGGUAUCAUAAUGAUUGUGCGUUACAGUUUGUUCUUUUGGAUUGUGCCCGGAACUGUUUGUUCUUCAAUCUGUACCUCUUUGUGGAUGUUACUGGACUACAACACCGCACCAUAGCCGGAAACGGGAUUUAUUUUCCUUGUUUACUCAAUCAAAACGCAACAGUUUGGGUGUUCAUUUGUUGUUUAACAUUCACGAGGCGGGAAGGUCGACGACGUAGACAAACGACAUUUUCUGCGGAUUCUAACUCCCUUUAAAACCUACUAUUUAAUUUUACGUCUUUAUGGGCUGGACUACAUCUAAUCUGUGGCGAGAAACACCCCGAAAAAUGUCUCUAAAGUCUAAAGAGUUGUUUGCUAUUUUUUGGGGAGUAACAGGAUUUUUGGCCUUGUCAUAUGCGAUAGAUUGUGGUCAACCACCCCUGUUGGAGAACAGGAUUGUAGGAGGAAUGGAUGCCUCAGACGGGGAGUGGCCCUGGCAAGUGGAUAUACAGAAAGCUGGUGUUCAUGUCUGUGGAGGCUCCAUCAUCACGGAGAACUGGAUCCUGUCGGCAGCUCACUGUUUCCCAAAUCCGUCUGACGUGAGUUCGUACAUCAUAUACACCGGCCGCUACCAGCUGAACGGCUUCAACACUCACCAGUCAGUACACCGCGUGAACUAUGUGGUGAUCCCAUCCGGAUACGUCGAGCCUCAGAGUGGUAAGGAUGUAGCUCUGGUGCGGCUGUCCAUCCCAGUGGCCUGGUCAGAUUGGAUCCGUCCCGUGUGCCUCCCUGCCUCCGGCACCUUGUUUCCAGGUGGCAUGCCAUGUUACGUCACUGGCUGGGGGAACAUCCGUACUGAAGUCCCGCUACAAGGAGCGGGGACUCUGCAGGAGGUGCAAGUGCCAAUCAUCUCGCAGGGAACAUGUCAGGAGAUGUACCAGCUGGAGCAGGUGGACAUCUUGUAUGACAUGAUCUGUGCCGGCUACCAGGAGGGCGGCAAGGACUCCUGCCAGGGUGACUCAGGAGGGCCCCUUGUCUGCCAGAUGGUGAAUGGGACCUGGGUACAAGCCGGAGUGGUGAGUUUCGGGCUGGGCUGCGCUGAAGCCAACCAACCAGGUGUGUACGCCAGACUCACCAGCUACUCUAGCUUCAUCAGAGACAACAUACCGGAGAUUCAGCUAUACGGCCGAGCUCAUCAGCACCAGCCAGGAGGGACCACCGUGGCUCUGCUUGGCUGUCUGUCCACCGUGCUGACCCUGCUUCGGCUAUAAGUAAGCUUUAACAAGUGGAUUUUAUUGAAGGAAGGUAAACCUGCGCCAAAUGAAGGGAUUCAUUUCAUUGAUACAUUCAUUGAACAUGAAGUAAUAUGCACCCAAAAAAAGUAAUAUAAUCUUAAUUUGUAGAUCUUAAAUUUGAUUUCUAAAUGUUUUUGAUACUUUUUUAUUUUAAAUGGUGACUGAACAAUAUUGUUUUGUGUAUUUCAAAUAAAUUUCUUACAAUACAGUGGGUCCUAACA